AUGAAAACUCCAGCAAUCCUUCUUUGCAUAAACCUCGUCGCUGCAUUGCAGUUCUACGAGAAGGCCGAUUCUGGCGAUAAGGCCUGCGGGUUACUUCACCAAGCUGUGGCUAUUUCAGGCCUGAGUGGGCGGUACUUGAACGUUGAUCGUUACUGCGAGGCUCUGAAUCAACCCUAUUUGGGUUCCAUGGCUGCCUGCUUGGUGGACUCCUUCGAUGAUGAGAAGUAUGUUGAGCACUUUGUCUCUACCUGUCUGGGCCAGAUAUCCAGAGACGACUUUGACAGGGCCUAUCAGAAUGCAUCCCGAGGGGCUCAAAAAGCACAAACAAAUCCGUUAUCGUUUGAUCCUGAAUCAGUGCUCUACCAGGCAAACGACACAUACAGCUACGACAGAACAAACAACUUCACACUCAUUUUCGGCAUCGUGCUCACGGCGUACUGGUUUGCUGUGUGUUUAAUUGCUGGCUUUUUCCACUGGACAAAGCGUCUUGUACCAUGGCUUUCUGAUAAGCUUCUCGGCUUUGCACCCUUCAACUAUGUCAGACGCUUUAUCGUGCUUCCUGCUACCUUCAGCAAAGCUCAUUUCAGCACAAAGAAGUUGGGGCCACUUGAAUGGCUUAUCCCUCUCAGAUUCGAAUCUGUCCUCCUCGCCAUUUACUUCAUUCUUUCAGCCAUUUUCUGUGGUGUGGAAAUCAACAAUGCAUCAGACAAGCCCUUGGUGCUCCAGGUGGGAAACAGGAGCGGCUCUCUUGCCACAUUUGCACUUCCAGUCCUCAUUUUGUUCGCUGGAAGAAACAACUUCUUGCAGUUUGUUACUGGCUGGCAGUAUACCCGAUUUGUGGUGUUCCACCGCUGGGUAGCUAGAGUGUCUUUCCUUGUAUUGAUGGUGCAUGUGGGCACGAAGACCAUGACACUCAAAUACUACCAGGCUUACCCGCUGUCUCUUUCAGAAACUUACCUCGUGUGGGGUACUAUCUCCACCGUUUGCAUGGGCUGCUUGGUGUUCUUCUCCAUGUACUGGCUUCGCAGAACCAGGUAUGAGCUUUUCCUACUUACCCACUAUAUUUUUGCAAUUCUCAUGAUUGCCGGUGGCUGGAUCCAUGUCAAGAUCAAACAACUCGAAGGCUUUUUCAUUGCAUGUGUUGCUGUGUGGGCAGUCAAUUUCGUCAUCAGAGGGCUCCGAUUGGCCAUCUUUGGAAUCCAAGAAGCCACUUUGGAACUCGAAGCCGACGAAACCAUCAGAGUCAUUUGCAAAAGACCACACUGGUGGCGUCCCCACCCAGGAAGCCAUGCUUUUGUUCACUUCUUAACACCAAUGUCGUUCUGGCAGUCUCAUCCCUUCACUUUGGUGGAUGAACCAGUGGAGGAGGGAACCGUGGGAAUGUAUGCCAAAAUCAAAGGCGGUGUCACACACGGUCUUUAUCAGCAAUUGUUGAGAGCACCCGGUCACUCCAUCAACAUCAAGGUCAUGGUGGAAGGCCCGUACUUUGAGAAAAUGCCCGUUGAAGAUGUCGAAAGGGCCGUAUUUAUUGCUUCCGGUAACGGCAUUCCAGGAAUGUACGCUGGAGCGAAGGACUUGGCUAUAAAUUACCCACGCAAGCCCGUGAGGUUGAUUUGGGUGAUCAGAGAUUACAUCUCCAUUUGCUGGUUCUACAGUGAGCUCAAGCAGUUGGAGUUGCUCAAUAUUGAUAUCAUCAUCUACGUCACUCGAGGCCUGAAGGAGGAUGAGCUUCGCCAUCAUAUCAGAAGAAACCUGCUCAAUGAAAAGUCUGAUCAAAGCAGUGGUUCCACGAAAGUGAAUGGGUCGAUCACUCUGAUCAACGAUCUCAAGCAGAGUCUUCCUUUUAUUCAGUUUGUCGAGGGUAGACCCAAUAUUGGUGGAUUGUCUCAGACGAAGUCAUCCAGCUUUGUCACUUGUGGUCAUCCUGCUAUGGUGGACGAUAUCAGAAAGCAGGUUGUAGACACGCUAGCCGUGGACCCCACCUCCAAAAUUGAACUCUUUGAGCAGUUCCAGAUGUGGUAA